GCUCCCCGCCUCCGCGCCUCCGGCUCCCCGCCUGGAAUGCCAUCUCCGCCUCUGCGCCCGCCUGGGCUUCCGGUCGGCGCCGGCCGCAGCCGCCCCGGGUCGCCCUGGCUGACCACCGCCCUGCCGAGGUGGGCUCUCGCCCUGUCCCCUCGCCCCUGCCUGCCAGGCGCGUCGGAAGCGCGCCUUCUCUCUCCUCCGGGGACUCUCUCGCCAGGGGAAGCUCCCUGGUGUCUUUGGAACUUUCGGGAAUCCCCUGACGCCGCGCCGCGCCCCGGCUCUGCAGCGCCCGGAGCCGUCAGUCUGCAGGUUUGGACACGGGCGUGCAGCGUGGGCUCUCGCCCUGGAGAGGUCACUGGAGGAGGAGCGUGGACACGGAGCUCGAGUGGAUACAAAGCACCAUCGCCGCCGCGUCGCAGGGGCUUGGAAGUGGCGCCGGACUUCCUCCGGGGGAGGCGGAACGCCGAGGCUCGCGGGCGACAGGUGACUUGGCCAGGGUCGCCAGGAAGAAGACGUGGGAAGGCUACAAGAUUGCUGGGACAACCAAGAAGCGCCUGCACUCUCCACGUGUAGCAAUGCCAAUAUCUUUCGAAGGAUAAAUGCCAUAUUGGAUAAUUCUCUGGAUUUCAGCAGAGUCUGCACUACACCCAUAAACAGAAGAAUUCAUGAUCAUUUGCCAGACUUCCAGGACUCUGAAGAAACAGUUGCAAGCAGGAUGCUUUUCCCCACCUCUGCGCAAGAAUCUUCUCGUGGCCUCCCAGAUGCAAAUGACUUGUGCCUUGGCCUGCAGUCCCUCAGUCUGACAGGCUGGGACCGACCCUGGAGCACCCAGGACUCCGAUUCCUCAGCCCAGAGCAGCACACACUCGGUCCUGAGCAUGCUGCAGAACCCGCUGGGAAACGUCCUGGGGAAGCCCCCCCUGAGCUUCCUGCCUCUGGACCCCCUGGGGUCCGACUUGGUGGACAAGUUCCCAGCACCCUCGGUGAGAGGAUCCCGCCUGGACACCCGGCCCAUCCUGGACUCCCGCUCCAGCAGCCCCUCUGACUCGGACACCAGUGGCUUCAGCUCCGGAUCAGACCAUUUCUCAGACCUGAUUUCCAGCCUUCGAAUUUCCCCUCCUCUGCCCUUCCUGUCUCUGACGGGAGCUGGUCCCAGAGACCCUUUAAAGACAGGGGUCGGGUCCAGGAUGGAUCAAGAGCAAGCUGCUCUCGCUGCAGUCACUCCCUCCCCGACCAGUGCUUCAAAGAGAUGGCCAGGAGCUUCUGUGUGGCCGUCCUGGGACUUGCUGGAAGCUCCGAAAGACCCCUUCAGCAUAGAGAGAGAGGCCAGGCUGCACCGGCAAGCUGCAGCUGUGAACGAAGCCACCUGCACCUGGAGUGGCCAGCUUCCCCCUCGGAACUAUAAGAACCCCAUCUACUCUUGCAAGGUGUUCCUAGGAGGUGUUCCUUGGGAUAUUACAGAAGCUGGAUUGGUUAACACCUUCCGUGUUUUUGGCUCUUUGAGUGUGGAGUGGCCUGGUAAGGAUGGCAAGCACCCCCGGUGUCCUCCCAAAGGUAAUAUUCCUAAAGGGUACGUGUAUCUGGUCUUCGAGAUAGAGAAGUACGUCCGGGCCUUGCUUCAAGCCUGCUCUCACGACCCGCUGAGCCCAGAUGGCCCCAGUGAAUACUACUUCAAGAUGUCCAGCCGCAGGAUGCGCUGCAAGGAGGUGCAGGUGAUCCCCUGGGUCUUGGCUGACAGCAACUUCGUCCGGAGCCCAUCUCAGAGGCUUGACCCCAGCAGGACGGUGUUUGUUGGUGCUCUGCACGGGAUGCUCAACGCUGAGGCCCUGGCGGCCAUCUUGAAUGACCUAUUUGGGGGAGUGGUGUAUGCUGGGAUUGACACAGAUAAGCACAAGUAUCCCAUUGGGUCUGGUCGUGUGACUUUCAACAACCAACACAGUUACCUGAAAGCAGUGAGCGCUGCUUUUGUGGAGAUCAAAACCACCAAGUUCACCAAGAAGGUCCAGAUAGACCCCUACCUGGAGGAUUCUCCGUGUCACAUCUGCAGUUCCCAGCCCGGGCCUUUCUUCUGUCGCGAUCAGGUCUGCUUCAAGUACUUCUGCCGGAGCUGCUGGCACUGGCGGCACAGCAUGGAGGGCCUGCGCCACCACAGCCCCCUGAUGCGGAACCAGAAGAACCGAGAGGCCAGCUAGAGGAGCCGGGCUUGCCCGGGGGCCUGGGGCGCCCAAGGCUGGCAGGUCUAGCGGUGGCCGGCACCACCCUGCCACUGGCGACCAGGGAGCUGGCUUCCCGAGGACAAGGGAACUCAUAGUCACCGUUGCACUUGCUGAAUCUGUCUUUGUUUCUGCACUAAUUAAUGCACAAUGAGUUUCGUCGGGUUUUGUUUCCGGGGUGAGCCAGAGCAAGGACCCUCUGGCUCGCCCUCCAAGCAACUCUGUAGUUUUCCCAGAUUUCAGUUUCUCAUUUUGCUGAUGAAAAGCAAGAAGAAAAUACAAGACUGUGUCCAGAAGGUGUUGACACGGACGCCUGCAUCUAGAGGUUUAUUUAUUAAAGCGCUUUUUUACAUUCCUUGCAAUACUGAUGGUGAUGACGCGCAGGUCUCAUUGGUUUCAUCCUUGCAGUUGCCAUACAGUGCCUUUCCAUUUAUUUAACCCCCACCUGAACGGCAUAAACUGAGUGUUCAGCUGGUGUUUUUUACUGUAAACAACAAGGAGACUUUGCUCUUCAUUUAAACCAAAAUCAUAUUUCAUAUUUUACGCUCGAGGGUUUUUACCGGUUCCUUUUUACACUCCUUAAAACAGUUUUUAAGUCAUUUGGAACAAGAGAUUUUUUUCUUUCCUGGCAGCUUUUAACAUUAUAGCAAAUUUGUGUCUGGGGACUACUGGUCACUGUUUCACACGGUUGCAAAUCAAAGCGUUUGCAACCAAGAAAAAAAAAUUUGUUUUAUUUGAAACUGGACCCGAUAAAGGGCAUUUGAGCGGCUGCUGUACAUAGUUUCAAAUGGUUUCUCGCACCUUCUUCAGUUGCACUUGUCGGGGGAGGGUUGAUAGAAGUUUUUAAUCACAGACUCACAGGACUUUUUUCUUUUGUAACUGAGCUUAAAAAAAAAAAAAAAAGGGCUGCUUCUCGGUGGGGUGGACGAA